CCCUCAAACCCCAUGCCCCCCACCCCACCCCCAUCACAUCCUUUUUCAUCCACCUCCCGUCAGGAAGAGUUGGUGCAGCCAGGGGAUUUACACCGGAGGAUAUUGCCCAAGAGGCCACUGUUUUCUCCUUUGGUAUAAGUGUUUCUUACAGUUAACAAAGAGAAGAAGACAAUACCUUGGAAUACAUCCAGUUCCAUACAGGGUGUCCUCGUUGGAGUGGACGAUGGGGAGGCAUCUGCUGCUACCGCUGUGCGCCCUCCUGGGCGUCCUGCUCACAGGGUCCCUCCAUAAAACCGAAGCACAGGAAGAUUGCGCUCAAGGCCUACCAGCCGAUGUAUACUUUCUAGUGGAUUCGUCCUGGAGUAUGGGCCAGCAGAACUUUGAACAUGUCAAGCACUUUCUGCUGGGGGUGAUCAAAGCGCUGAAUGAGAGGGCGGGGGACAGCUUCCAGUACGCCCUGGUGCAGUACAGCGCCACGCCCCACACACAGUUCAAGCUGAACACCUACGCCGCCGCCGAGGACGCCAUGGAGCACGUGGCGGCCAUGCGCUACCGCGGCGGCGGCACCCGUACGGGCCUAGGCCUGGACUUCCUGAUCCGAGCCCACAUGACCACGACGUCGGGCAGCCGCGCCGGCGGGGGCGUGUCCCAGCUGGUGGUGGUGCUGACAGAUGGCCGCUCGCAGGACGACGUGAGUGAGCCGGCGCGGGUGCUGCACCUGGCGGGCGUGGAGGUGUUUGCGGUGGGCGUGCAGGGCGCCGCAGAAUGGGAGCUAAAGGAAAUGGCCAGCCGGCCCGCUGACUCUCACGUGUUGAGCGUAGACUCUUUUGUGGCCUUGAGGGACAUAACGCAGGAUUUAGUAGCGGGGAUCUGCGGUGCGGUGAGCCAGGCUCUGGGCGCUCCCGUGGGGAUGGAGUUCCGGGAUGUGGCCGCAGGCGGGACAGCACAAGAGUCAGCCGACCUUGUGCUGUUAAUUGACGGAUCAAAGAACGUUGGAGCAGCAAACUUCCCCCGUGUGCGUGAUUUGGCUUUGAGAAUCAUUGAGGGCCUUGACGUGGGCAGGGACACUAUUCGAGUCGCCGUGGCCCUGUACAGUACUGACCCAGAGGUUCAGUUCUAUCUCAAUAGUUAUGAGAGCAAGGCGGCGGUCCAGGAUGCGGUGAAGGGCCUCUCCUUCACGGGAGGCGAAGAAGCCAACCUGGGGGCGGCCUUGGCGGAGGUGUCCGAGAGCCUCUUAAGCCAGACAUCUGGGGGCAGGGCGGAAGAGGGCGUGCCCCAGGCUGUGGUGGUCAUCAGCGCCGGGCCGUCCACGGAUGACACUAGCGUUGGCGACAGGGCCCUUAAGAAGGCCAACGUUAUCACAUUCGGCCUUGCCAUCGGUGGCACCACCGUCGCUGAGCUCGAGUCAGUAGCCUCUGACAAAAGCUUUGUGCUAGAAGCCCCUGAUUUCCAAACGGCAGCAAGCAUGGGUGACCAGCUCCGGCCGUACAUUGUUGGGGUCGCCCAGCGUACCAUUGUGGUUCAGAAUGAGUUCACUGAAGCCAUUGCAGUAGGCAGAAGGGACAUCGUUUUCCUUCUGGACAGCACAAUGGGCGCAACCAUCAUCAACUCCAUGCGCGAGUUCAUCAAGCGCUUCGUUGACACGAUCCCCAUUGGACCCGACGACGUGCAGAUCGGUGUGGCCCAGUUCAGCAACGUUGGCCGGCGUGAGAUAGAUCUCAACAGCUAUGGAACCCGUGAUGAGCUCUCUGCGGCGCUGGGCAGAAUCAAACCCAAACCCGGCCAGACGGUGAACAUCGGAGCCGCCCUGGACUUUGUGAGGACCAACAUGUUUCAACCUGACAAGGGCAGUCGCAUCCGGCAGGGAGUUCCACAGCUUCUGCUGGUCCUGACCUCUAAGAGGUCCAGCGACAGCGUGGAUGGCCCAGCCCAGGCCCUUCAGCAAAUGGGGGUUCUGACCUUGGCUGCGGGAUCCAAGGCUGCCGAUGAGGCUGAACUGAGGCGGAUUGCUUUCGAUGACUCUCUGGUCUUCAUGAUGAAAGACUUCCGCUUUCUGGUCCGCAACCCCAAGUCGGUCAUCUCUCCACUGUCCACUCUCAGUGGGGUUGUGGUGACAGAAGGACCUGAAUUGGAGAUAACCACUGUCCAGACAUCUAAAGUCAUUAGGGACAUUGUCUUCCUUGUGGAUAGCUCCAGCUACGUUGGGAACCAAAACCUCCCCUACGUGCGUCAGUUCAUCACUAACGUGGUCAACCAGCUGGAUGUGCGGCCGGAACGAGUCCAGAUUGGCCUCAUGCAGUUCUCUGAACAUCCCAAAAUUGAAUUCUACCUGAACACUUACCAAAACAAGGAGGACGUUUUGGACAGAAUCUCCCAAAUGAGUGUAACCGGGGGAAAUGUAUUGAACACAGGAGCCGCCAUGAAUUAUGCUCUAUCCAACAUGUUCCAAUCCUCCAGUGGCUCCAGGAGGAGCCAGAAUGUCCCUCAGGCAUUGGUUCUGAUUACAGGGGGCCCUUAUCAGGAUGAGGUUGCAAAGGUUGCAGAUAGGCUGGCUCUGGCUGGAGUCCUGACCUACACAGUCAGUACUGGACAUGCAGAUCCAAACUUACUACGAUCAGUGGCCUUUGUUCCAGAUUUGGCCUUCCAUACGGAAAGUUUUGCUGACAUGCCACAGCUCGCUGAACAAAUCUAUCCGCCAUUGAUAACGGUAGUCGGUGACACUGAUGUGACUGAAACCACAGAAAUUCCUGAAGUCCCAAGUGAUCCUACAAGUGCUGAGAGGGAUGUAGCUUUCCUCAUUGAUGGCUCAGACAAUGUUCAAGACGACUUCCCCUACAUCAAGGAUUUCAUCCUUAAAGUCAUCCAGCCACUUGAUAUCGCAAGGGAUAGAGUGCGUAUUUCAGUGGUCCAGCAUAGUGAGACGCCAACUUCUGUUUUCUACCUUAACACCUACCAAACCAAAGACGAGGUAAUAAGAGCUGUUAAUGACAUGAGGAUCGCUGGUGGGCGUAGUCUGAACACAGGAUCUGCCCUAAAAUUCAUGAAGGAGACCAUCUUGUCUGAAAGUAAUGGCAGUAGGGCCCGACGAAAUGUCCCACAAUUUCUGAUUGUCUUGACCGGAGGUAGAUCCAGGGAUAAUGUUAAAGAUUCCGCCGUUGCGCUGAAGACCGGGGGAGUGGUGCCAUUUGGCGUGGGUGUCAAGGAUGCAGACAUGAGGCAGAUCCAGGACAUCUCACACAACCCAUCCUUUGCUUUCAAAGUGAAAGAAUUCAGUGAACUGAGCACAGUCCAACAAAAGCUCAACAACUACGUGAGCCUUCCCAAAGAGCAGCUUCAAGUUGUCCUUGAACAAGCACACAGGGAUGCUGAAAAAAUUGAUAUAGUGUUCCUACUGGAUGGCACUGAUGGUACAAAGGUUGGAUUUCCAGAAGUACAGCACUUUGUAAAAAGUAUAGUUGAGAGGCUCACUGUGGAGGAGGACAAAGUAAGGGUAUCUGUUGUGCAGUAUGCCAAUAGACCUGAAGUCAAUUUCUAUCUGAGUUCUCACAGAACUAAGGAUGAUGUCUUGAAUGCCAUAGAUGGUUUAACCCACAAGGGUGGAAAGAUCCUGAAUACUGGGGCAGCUCUCCAGUUUGUCAGACACAAUAUCUUCACAGCCUCCACAGGAAGUAGAACACUCAAGGGCGUUCCCCAGGUACUGGUUCUUCUAACAAGUGCCCAGUCCAGGGAUUAUGUCAAUGCUCCAGCUGUGGCUCUUAAAGAUCGAGAAAUCAUAGUGCUUGGUAUUGGAGUGGGGGAUGCCAAUCUCCCCGAGUUGGAAAAAAUUGCUUUCCAACCAGAUUUUGCAUACAAAGUGAAUGACUUCUCUGAGUUGCCAAUACUUCAACCACUGCUUGUUGGUAAAUUAAAUGUGUCAAAAGUUGCAAUGGAAUAUCCAGGAAUCCCAAGCUUAAUAGUCGAAUUAAAUGCAACACAGAAGGACAUAGUGUUCCUAUUGGAUGGGUCAGAUGACACAAGAAGAGAGUUUGCUGAAAUGCUCAGCUUUGUCCAAAAAGUUACAGAGGCAUUGAAUGUUAAAGAAAACAAAGACCGUGUUUCUGUGGUCCAAUACAGCAGCGAUCAACAGACUCAUUUUGACCUUGGCACAUAUAAAGGAGAGCAGGAUGUUCUUGCAGCCAUCCGGCAAAUACAACAAAAAGGAGGCAUGCCCCUGAAUACUGGGGCAGCACUUGACUAUGUGAGGAGAAAUGUCUUCACUGAGUCCUCUGGAAGUCGACGCCUUGAAGGUGUCCCCCAGAUUCUGAUUGUUUUGAGUGGGGGAAAAUCUCAAGAUGAGGUUGCCAGUUCUGCCACAGCCUUGAAACUGGAACAGGUCAUUGUGUUCAGCAUAGGCUCAAGGAAUUCAGAUUUACUCGAGCUCCAAAUGAUGGCACAUAGCCCUUCCUAUGCUUUAACUGUGCCUCGAUUCAAUGACCUGAUGAGCAUCUAUCAACAACUUAUGUCAUUUGUGAAAAGAGUGCCUCGCCAACCAAAAUUUAUGCAAAAGACUGGAUUAGCAUUCACAGAUAAACGGGAAUCCAUCCAACGAGAUUUUGUGUUUUUACUGGAUGGCUCGGAUGACGUUCAGAAUGCGUUUGAAGCAAUGCGUGGCUUUGUUCAGAGAAUUGUGGCAAAAUUCGACAUAGAUGAAAACAGAGAUCGCAUGGCAUUGGUUCAGUACAGCGACGACUCAGCUGUCGAAUUCUAUCUGAACACUCAUAAAUCACAACAGGAGGCUGCCAAUGCCAUACAAGCUCUGGUGCAUAAAGGAGGAAGUCUACUCAACACAGGAGCAGCUCUCCAGUAUGUGAGGGACAAUGUCUUCACGGUUUCCUCUGGGAGCAGGCACCAACAGGGCAUCCCUCAGAUAUUGAUUUUGUUGACAGGAGGGCAGUCCAGUGAUGAUGUUAGAAAUGCGGUGGCAAACCUGGAAGAAAUGGAUGUGACAUCGUAUGCUUUGGGAAUGAUGCAUGCUGAUGCUACUGAGCUUUUAAGUAUUUCACAUGAACCCAGUAAUGUGUAUUUUGCAGCAGAUUUAACUGACCUUGCAUAUAUGGAUGCACGUUUAUUUUCUACCAUUGAGAUGGCUAAAGCAACAGCUAAUGUGGCAGCUCUAUAUGAAAACAGCAAGAAAGACAUUGUAUUUUUAGUUGAUGGCUCUGAUGAUUCCCGGGGAAAAUUUCAAGAUAUCAAAGCCUUUGUGCAGGGAAUUGUUGUGACUUUGAAUUUGGAGAAAAACCAAGACCGUGUGGCUGUGGUCCAGUACAGUGACACAGCAGAAACUAUAUUCGCUUUGAACACACACUCAACAAAAAGUGAGAUCAUUACAGCAAUAAGAAGCUUAAGUCACAAAGGAGGUUAUCCACACAACCUGGGAGCAGCUCUCCAACAUGUAGAGCACAAUGUCUUUACUCCAGGCUAUGGAAGCAGACGUACUGAGGGAAUUUCACAAAUAGUAAUACUACUGAGUGGUGGGAGAUCUGGAGAUGACAUUAGAGCCCCGCUCAAACACCUCAAAGAAACCGGUGUUAUUUUAAUUGGGGUUGGAACAACUGACGCAGAUACGCUGGAACUACAGACAAUGUCUCACAAACCUAACUAUGCCCUCAAAAUCAAUGAUUAUGGCGAGCUUUCGACCAUCCAACGUGAUGUUUUAUCAUUGGUGGAUGAGGUUUCUGUUAAAACAGUUUACACUGAUCCCAUAAAGAGUUUUGAUUCAGAGAAAACUGAUGUAGUGUUUCUUAUUGACGGCUCAUCUGACGCUAGAAAUGGCUUUGAGGGAAUCCGUAGCUUGAUGGAAAGAAUUGUUGAAAACAUGAAAGUCGAAGCAAAUCACGACCGCGUGGCUUUGGUUCAAUAUAGCCGUGAUGCCACAACCAAUUUCUAUUUGAAUUCAUACUCCAUCAAAAAUGAUGUGCUGAAUUCCAUAAGAACUAUCAGGCACAAGUUGGGAAGGCCCCUCAACACUGGCAAGGCCCUGGAGUUUGUCCGAGAUAAUGUGUUUUCUGCUUCAGUUGGGGGCAGACGUGCUGAGAGUGUGCCUCAAUAUUUAUUUGUGUUUACUGGUGGAAGAUCAGGGGAUGAUGUCAGAGGGCCGGCACAGUCACUCAGAGACAGUGGAAUUAAGACCAUUAGUGUUGGAACAACAAAUGCUGAUACUUUAGAACUGCAAACCAUCUCUUUCAACCCAUCGCAUUCUUUCUCCGUCAUGGAUUUUAACACUCUAUCUCAUGAUACCUUAUACUCAAUUGCAAAAGAUAUAAUGAGUGGUGGCCAGGUAACAACAGAAAUCCAAACUCUUACGGACACUUACGAUGUUGGUGAUGUAGAACAACUAAAAGCUGAUAUUGUGUUUCUCAUGGAUGGAUCUGAUGAAAUGCAGCAAAGUGCCAGGGGAAUUCAAUCUUUUCUCAAGGAAUUUGUUGAACGAAUAGAUAUUGGGCCAAACAAGGCACAGGUUGCUAUUAUUCAAUACAGUGAAAAACCGACUCAAGCCUUUUAUCUGAAUACAUACUCAUUAAAAAGGGACAUCUUGAAGUAUGUAAGCGAUUUGAAGUUAAAAGGAGGCAAGCACGUGAACACCGGAAAAGCCCUUGAUUAUGUGGCAAGGAAUGUCUUUACAUCAUCUGCUGGAGGCAGAGCUCUGACAGGAGUUCCUCAGAUACUAAUUCUCUUAAGUGGCAGGAAGUCACAAGAUGAUGUCCAGGUUCCGUUGGUAGGUUUGAACAAGGCUGGAGUGGUACUUUUCAGUGUUGGAGUGGGAAAUGCAGAUUGGUUGGAGAUGCAGAGUCUAGCACACAAUCCCAGAGAUGCAUAUCUAAUCAAAGAGACUUCUGAUUUUUCUGUUGUGCGGCAAAAGUUGUUAUCUCAAAUUGCUUCUCACAAAGCUUCAAUCAUCCCAAGUAUAGUUUCAGGUCCAAGUGUGAAAAGGGAUAUCGUUUUCCUUCUUGAUGGGUCUGACGACAAUAAGGAUAGAUUUACAGCUAUGCGGGAUUUUGUUGCCGAAUUGGUGAGAGGCCUUGACCUGGAAAAGGGGAAGGAUCAAGUUGCUAUUGUACAAUAUAGUAACAAUGCAGAAGUUAACUUCAACCUGAAUACUUACCAAAAUAGAGAUGAAAUCAUGACGCACAUAACAAACCUUAAGCAAAAAGGAGGAACGGCGCAAUACAUUGGAACUGCUCUAGAGUUUGUAAGAAACAAUAUAUUUGUUUCAAAAGCUGGAAGCCGAAAACAUGAGGGAGCAAAACAGAUACUUGUCCUUAUUUCUGGUGGCAGAUCAAGAGAUUCUCCUCGAGGACCAUCAGUUGCUCUGAAGGCUGGUGGUGUUAUUACAUUUGCCAUUGGAUCAAGGAUGACAAACGUGGUUGAAUUGCAGGGAAUUUCUUCAGAUCCAAACUAUGCUUUCCUAGUCUCUGACUUUGCAAAUUUUGACAGCAUUCAACACAUAUUGCUGACUCACAUAAGGAGAAUCAGUAGUCAAAAGGAAACUGCAUCUGUUGAGGGCAGCCUGGCCAAAAGGGAUGUUGUGUUCUUGCUGGAUGGAUCUCAUGGCACCCAAACUGGAUUCCCAGCAAUGCGUGACUUUGUGCAGAAUGUCGUAGAGACGCUCAAUGUGGAUGACGACCGAGAUCGAGUCGCAGUUGUUCAGUACAGCAGUGAUCCAGCUGUCCAAUUCUAUCUAAACACGUACAAAACAAAGGGCGACGUCAUUGCUAAUGUCAGGGGUUUGAGGCACAAGGGCGGAAGACCACUUCACACUGGAGCAGCGCUCCAAUACUUGAGGGAUAAUGUCUUCACUGCCUCGGCUGGAAGUAGGCGUCUGGAAGGAGUUCCACAGAUGCUCAUAGUCCUCAGCGGUGGAAGGUCCUUUGACAGCGUUGACGCAGCAGCCACCGCUCUGAAGGAGCUGGGGGUCUUUACCCUUGCCAUUGGAACCAGUGGCUCUGAUAGCAGAGAACUGCAGAAGAUAUCCCAUGGUCCCCAUCAGGCUCUGUCUGUGUCUGAUUUUACUGACCUUCCCAGUGUCCAACAGCAACUGCAGUCCUCAAUGGAAUCAGUGGUCAUUGUUGUAACUCCAGAAUCUCCCACAGUUUUAGUUGACCAUGAGGUUGCCGGGAAGGAUGUAGUAUUCCUUCUGGAUGGCUCUGAUAACACAAGGAAUGGAUUCACUGCCAUGCGUGAUUUUGUUCAGAGAAUGGUGGAGCAACUUAAUGUGGGCGAAAACAACGACCGUGUGUCAGUUGUCCAGUACGGCAGAGACGCAGAGGCCCACUUCUAUCUGAACACAUACACCACAAAGGACGAUAUUCUUAACACGGUCAGAGGACUCAGACACAGAGGGGGAAGACCCCUCAACACUGGGUCAGCCCUCAAGUAUGUCCGAGACAACGUGUUUACGGCGGCCUCUGGAAGUAGGAGGCAAGAGGGCAUUCCUCAGCUACUGAUUGUGCUGAGUGGAGGGCGAUCUAGUGACAACGUAGACAUACCGGCGUCUGCCCUCAAAGAAAACGGGGUCUUAAUUCUAGGCAUCGGAACUAGAAAUUCUAGCACAGAGGUUCAAAGAAUCGCCUCUGAUCCUAGUUAUGCCCAGUCUGUGUCUGACUUCUCUGACCUCCCAAACGUCCAGCAUCCAUUCGCCUCCUCUCUUAGCCAUGUAGUUGUUGGGGUUAAACCAAUGACCCCUACAGUGAGAGUUGACCAGAGAACUCCAAAACGGGAUGUGGUAUUUCUUCUGGAUGGCUCUGAUGGCACAAGGAAUGGAUUCCCUGCCAUGCGUGAUUUUAUUCACACGGUGGUGGAGAAGCUGAAUGUGGGAGAAAACAACGACCGUGUGUCCGUUGCCCAGUACAGCGGAGAUGCAGAGGCCAAUUUCUAUCUGAACACAUAUAACACAAAGGCAGAUAUUCUUGACAUGGUCAGCGGGCUUAGGCACAAAGGAGGCAGGCCCGUAAACACCGGGGCAGCCCUCCAGUAUGUCAGAGACAACGUGUUUACAGCCUCUUCCGGCAGCAGGCGCCAAGAAGGGGUUCCACAGUUGUUGAUCCUUGUAAAUGGCGGAAGGUCUUCUGACAGUGUAGAUACACCAGCGUCUGCUCUCAAACAGCUUGGCAUCACUGUCCUUGGAAUUGGAACAAGGAACUCUGACCAUGGACAACUGCAAAAGAUCUCCUCUAAGCCAAAUUAUGCUUUGUCAGUGUCCGACUUCAGUGACCUCCCCAACAUACAAGAGCAACUGUCCUCUGCCAUCAGCACAGUCACAGUCAGGGCCACACCAAUGACGCCAACUGUAAUCGUUGAGCACAGCCUGCCCAAAAGGGAUGUUGUGUUCUUGCUGGAUGGAUCUCAUGGCACCCAAACUGGAUUCCCAGCAAUGCGUGACUUUGUGCAGAAAGUCGUAGAGACGCUCAAUGUGGAUGGCGACAGAGAUCGAGUCUCAGUUGUUCAGUACAGCAGUGAUCCAGCUGUCCAAUUCUAUCUAAACACGUACAAAACACAGGGCGACGUCGUUGCUAAUGUCAGGGGUUUGAGGCACAUGGGCGGAAGACCACUUAACACUGGAGCAGCGCUCCAAUACUGUAGGGAUAAUGUCUUCACUGCCUCGGCUGGAAGUAGGCGUCUGGAAGGAGUUCCGCAGAUGCUCAUAGUCCUAUGCGGUGGAAAGUCCUAUGACAGUGUUGAUGCAGCAGCCACCGCUCUGAAGGAGCUGGGGGUCUUUACCCUUGCCAUUGGAACCAGUGGCUCUGAUAGCAGAGAACUGCAGAAGAUAUCCCAUGGUCCCCAUCAGGCUCUGUCUGUGUCUGAUUUUACUGACCUUCCCAGUGUCCAACAGCAACUGCAGUCCUCAAUGGAAUCAGUGGUCAUUGUUGUAACUCCAGAAUCUCCCACAGUUUUAGUUGACCAUGAGGUUGCCGGGAAGGAUGUAGUAUUCCUUCUGGAUGGCUCUGAUAACACAAGGAAUGGAUUCGCUGCCAUGCGUGAUUUUGUUCAGAGAAUGGUGGAGCAACUUAAUGUGGGCGAAAACAACGACCGUGUGUCAGUUGUCCAGUACGGCAGAGACGCAGAGGCCCACUUCUAUCUGAACACAUACACCACAAAGGACGAUAUUCUUAACACGGUCAGAGGACUCAGACACAGAGGGGGAAGACCCCUCAACACUGGGUCAGCCCUCAAGUAUGUCCGAGACAACGUGUUUACGGCGGCCUCUGGAAGUAGGAGGCAAGAGGGCAUUCCUCAGCUACUGCUUGUGCUGAGUGGAGGGCGAUCUAGUGACAACGUAGACAUACCGGCGUCUGCCCUCAAAGACAACGGGGUCUUAAUUCUAGGCAUCGGAACUAGAAAUUCUAGCACAGAGGUUCAAAGAAUCGCCUCUGAUCCUAGUUAUGCCCAGUCUGUGUCUGACUUCUCUGACCUCCCAAACGUCCAGCAUCCAUUCGCCUCCUCUCUUAGCCAUGUAGUUGUUGGGGUUAAACCAAUGACCCCUACAGUGAGAGUUGACCAGAGAACUCCAAAACGGGAUGUGGUAUUUCUUCUGGAUGGCUCUGAUGGCACAAGGAAUGGAUUCCCUGCCAUGCGUGAUUUUAUUCACACGGUGGUGGAGAAGCUGAAUGUGGGAGAAAACAACGACCGUGUGUCCGUUGCCCAGUACAGCGGAGAUGCAGAGGCCAAUUUCUAUCUGAACACAUAUAACACAAAGGCAGAUAUUCUUGACAUGGUCAGCGGGCUUAGGCACAAAGGAGGCAGGCCCGUCAACACCGGGGCAGCCCUCCAGUAUGUCAGAGACAACGUGUUUACAGCCUCUUCCGGCAGCAGGCGCCAAGAAGGGGUUCCACAGUUGUUGAUCCUUGUAAAUGGCGGAAGGUCUUCUGACAGUGUAGAUACACCAGCAUCUGCUCUCAAACAGCUUGGCAUCACUGUCCUUGGAAUUGGAACAAGGAACUCUGACCAUGGACAACUGCAAAAGAUCUCCUCUAAGCCAAAUUAUGCUUUGUCAGUGUCCGACUUCAGUGACCUCCCCAACAUAGAAGAGCAACUGUCCUCUGCCAUCAGCACAGUCACAGUCAGGGCCACACCAAUGACGCCAACUGUAAUCGUUGAGCACAGCCUGCCCAAAAGGGAUGUUGUGUUCUUGCUGGAUGGAUCUCAUGGCACCCAAACUGGAUUCCCAGCAAUGCGUGACUUUGUGCAGAAAGUCGUAGAGACGCUCAAUGUGGAUGGCGACAGAGAUCGAGUCUCAGUUGUUCAGUACAGCAGUGAUCCAGCUGUCCAAUUCUAUCUAAACACGUACAAAACACAGGGCGACGUCGUUGCUAAUGUCAGGGGUUUGAGGCACAAGGGCGGAAGACCACUUAACACUGGAGCAGCGCUCCAAUACUGUAGGGAUAAUGUCUUCACUGCCUCGGCUGGAAGUAGGCGUCUGGAAGGAGUUCCACAGAUGCUCAUAGUCCUAUGCGGUGGAAAGUCCUAUGACAGUGUUGAUGCAGCAGCCACCGCUCUGAAGGAGCUGGGGGUCUUUACCCUUGCCAUUGGAACCAGUGGCUCUGAUAGCAGAGAACUGCAGAAGAUAUCCCAUGGUCCCCAUCAGGCUCUGUCUGUGUCUGAUUUUACUGACCUUCCCAGUGUCCAACAGCAACUGCAGUCCUCAAUGGAAUCAGUGGUCAAUGUUGUAACUCCAGAAUCUCCCACAGUUUUAGUUGACCAUGAGGUUGCCGGGAAGGAUGUAGUAUUCCUUCUGGAUGGCUCUGAUAACACAAGGAAUGGAUUCGCUGCCAUGCGUGAUUUUGUUCAGAGAAUGGUGGAGCAACUUAAUGUGGGCGAAAACAACGACCGUGUGUCAGUUGUCCAGUACGGCAGAGACGCAGAGGCCCACUUCUAUCUGAACACAUACACCACAAAGGACGAUAUUCUUAACACGGUCAGAGGACUCAGACACAGAGGGGGAAGACCCCUCAACACUGGGUCAGCCCUCAAGUAUGUCCGAGACAACGUGUUUACGGCGGCCUCUGGAAGUAGGAGGCAAGAGGGCAUUCCUCAGCUACUGCUUGUGCUGAGUGGAGGGCGAUCUAGUGACAACGUAGACAUACCGGCGUCUGCCCUCAAAGACAACGGGGUCUUAAUUCUUGGCAUCGGAACUAGAAAUUCUAGCACAGAGGUUCAAAGAAUCGCCUCUGAUCCUAGUUAUGCCCAGUCUGUGUCUGACUUCUCUGACCUCCCAAACGUCCAGCAUCCAUUCGCCUCCUCUCUUAGCCAUGUAGUUGUUGGGGUUAAACCAAUGACCCCUACAGUGAGAGUUGACCAGAGAACUCCAAAACGGGAUGUGGUAUUUCUUCUGGAUGGCUCUGAUGGCACAAGGAAUGGAUUCCCUGCCAUGCGUGAUUUUAUUCACAUGGUGGUGGAGAAGCUGAAUGUGGGAGAAAACAACGACCGUGUGUCCGUUGCCCAGUACAGCGGAGAUGCAGAGGCCAAUUUCUAUCUGAACACAUAUAACACAAAGGCAGAUAUUCUUGACAUGGUCAGCGGGCUUAGGCACAAAGGAGGCAGGCCCGUCAACACCGGGGCAGCCCUCCAGUAUGUCAGAGACAACGUGUUUACAGCCUCCUCCGGCAGCAGGCGCCAAGAAGGGGUUCCACAGUUGUUGAUCCUUUUAAAUGGUGGAAGGUCUUCUGACAGUGUAGAUACACCAGCGUCUGCUCUCAAACAGCUUGGCAUCACUGUCCUUGGAAUUGGAACAAGGAACUCUGACCAUGGACAACUGCAAAAGAUCUCCUCUAAGCCAAAUUAUGCUUUGUCAGUGUCCGACUUCAGCGACCUCCCCAACAUACAAGAGCAACUGUCCUCUGCCAUCAGCACAGUCACAGUCAGGGCCACACCAAUGACGCCAACUGUAAUCGUUGAGCACAGCCUGCCCAAAAGGGAUGUUGUGUUCUUGCUGGAUGGAUCUCAUGGCACCCGAACUGGAUUCCCAGCAAUGCGUGACUUUGUGCAGAAAGUCGUAGAGACGCUCAAUGUGGAUGGUGACAGAGAUCGAGUCUCAGUUGUUCAGUACAGCAUUGAUCCAGCUGUCCAAUUCUAUCUAAACACGUACAAAACACAGGGCGACGUCGUUGCUAAUGUCAGGGGUUUGAGGCAUAAGGGCGGAAGACCACUUAACACUGGAGCAGCGCUCCAAUACUUGAGGGAUAAUGUCUUCACUGCCUCGGCUGGAAGUAGGCGUCUGGAAGGAGUUCCGCAGAUGCUCAUAGUCCUAUGCGGUGGAAAGUCCUAUGACAGUGUUGACAAAGCAGCCACCGCUCUGAAGGAGCUGGGGGUCUUUACCCUUGCCAUUGGAACCAGUGGCUCUGAUAGCAGAGAAUUGCAGAAGAUAUCCCAUGGUCCCCAUCAGGCUCUGUCUGUGUCUGAUUUUACUGACCUUCCCAGUGUCCAACAGCAACUGAAGUCCUCAAUGGAAUCACUGGUCAUUGUUGUAACUCCAGAAUCUCCCACAGUUUUAGUUGACCAUGAGGUUGCCGGGAAGGAUGUAGUAUUCCUUCUGGAUGGCUCUGAUAACACAAGGAAUGGAUUCGCUGCCAUGCGUGAUUUUGUUCAGAGAAUGGUGGAGCAACUUAAUGUGGGCGAAAACAACGACCGUGUGUCAGUUGUCCAGUACGGCAGAGACGCAGAGGCCCACUUCUAUCUGAACACAUACACCACAAAGGACGAUAUUCUUAACACGGUCAGAGGACUCAGACACAGAGGGGGAAGACCCCUCAACACUGGGUCAGCCCUCAAGUAUGUCCGAGACAACGUGUUUACGGCGGCCUCUGGAAGUAGGAGGCAAGAGGGCAUUCCUCAGCUACUGCUUGUGCUGAGUGGAGGGCAAUCUAGUGACAACGUAGACAUACCGGCGUCUGCCCUCAAAGACAACGGGGUCUUAAUUCUUGGCAUCGGAACUAGAAAUUCUAGCACAGAGGUUCAAAGAAUCGCCUCUGAUCCUAGUUAUGCCCAGUCUGUGUCUGACUUCUCUGACCUCCCAAACGUCCAGCAUCCAUUCGCCUCCUCUCUUAGCCAUGUAGUUGUUGGGGUUAAACCAAUGACCCCUACAGUGAGAGUUGACCAGAGAACUCCAAAACGGGAUGUGGUAUUUCUUCUGGAUGGCUCUGAUGGCACAAGGAAUGGAUUCCCUGCCAUGCGUGAUUUUAUUCACAUGGUGGUGGAGAAGCUGAAUGUGGGAGAAAACAACGACCGUGUGUCCGUUGCCCAGUACAGCGGAGAUGCAGAGGCCAAUUUCUAUCUGAACACAUAUAACACAAAGGCAGAUAUUCUUGACAUGGUCAGCGGGCUUAGGCACAAAGGAGGCAGGCCCGUCAACACCGGGGCAGCCCUCCAGUAUGUCAGAGACAACGUGUUUACAGCCUCCUCCGGCAGCAGGCGCCAAGAAGGGGUUCCACAGUUGUUGAUCCUUGUAAAUGGCGGAAGGUCUUCUGACAGUGUAGAUACACCAGCGUCUGCUCUCAAACAGCUUGGCAUCACUGUCCUUGGAAUUGGAACAAGGAACUCUGACCAUGGACAACUGCAAAAGAUCUCCUCUAAGCCAAAUUAUGCUUUGUCAGUGUCCGACUUCAGUGACCUCCCCAACAUACAAGAGCAACUGUCCUCUGCCAUCAGCACAGUCACAGUCAGGGCCACACCAAUGACGCCAACUGUAAUCGUUGAGCACAGCCUGCCCAAAAGGGAUGUUGUGUUCUUGCUGGAUGGAUCUCAUGGCACCCAAACUGGAUUCCCAGCAAUGCGUGACUUUGUGCAGAAAGUCGUAGAGACGCUCAAUGUGGAUGGCGACAGAGAUCGAGUCUCAGUUGUUCAGUACAGCAGUGAUCCAGCUGUCCAAUUCUAUCUAAACACGUACAAAACACAGGGCGACGUCGUUGCUAAUGUCAGGGGUUUGAGGCACAAGGGCGGAAGACCACUCAACACUGGAGCAGCGCUCCAAUACUGUAGGGAUAAUGUCUUCACUGCCUCGGCUGGAAGUAGGCGUCUGGAAGGAGUUCCACAGAUGCUCAUAGUCCUAUGCGGUGGAAAGUCCUAUGACAGUGUUGAUGCAGCAGCCACCGCUCUGAAGGAGCUGGGGGUCUUUACCCUUGCCAUUGGAACCAGUGGCUCUGAUAGCAGAGAACUGCAGAAGAUAUCCCAUGGUCCCCAUCAGGCUCUGUCUGUGUCUGAUUUUACUGACCUUCCCAGUGUCCAACAGCAACUGCAGUCCUCAAUGGAAUCAGUGGUCAUUGUUGUAACUCCAGAAUCUCCCACAGUUUUAGUUGACCAUGAGGUUGCCGGGAAGGAUGUAGUAUUCCUUCUGGAUGGCUCUGAUAACACAAGGAAUGGAUUCGCUGCCAUGCGUGAUUUUGUUCAGAGAAUGGUGGAGCAACUUAAUGUGGGCGAAAACAACGACCGUGUGUCAGUUGUCCAGUACGGCAGAGACGCAGAGGCCCACUUCUAUCUGAACACAUACACCACAAAGGACGAUAUUCUUAACACGGUCAGAGGACUCAGACACAGAGGGGGAAGACCCCUCAACACUGGGUCAGCCCUCAAGUAUGUCCGAGACAACGUGUUUACGGCGGCCUCUGGAAGUAGGAGGCAAGAGGGCAUUCCUCAGCUACUGCUUGUGCUGAGUGGAGGGCGAUCUAGUGACAACGUAGACAUACCGGCGUCUGCCCUCAAAGACAACGGGGUCUUAAUUCUAGGCAUCGGAACUAGAAAUUCUAGCACAGAGGUUCAAAGAAUCGCCUCUGAUCCUAGUUAUGCCCAGUCUGUGUCUGACUUCUCUGACCUCCCAAACGUCCAGCAUCCAUUCGCCUCCUCUCUUAGCCAUGUAGUUGUUGGGGUUAAACCAAUGACCCCUACAGUGAGAGUUGACCAGAGAACUCCAAAACGGGAUGUGGUAUUUCUUCUGGAUGGCUCUGAAGGCACACGGAAUGGAUUCUCUGCCAUGCGUGAUUUUAUUCACACGGUGGUGGAGAAACUGAAUGUGGGAGAAAACAACGACCGUGUGUCCGUUGCCCAGUACAGCGGAGAUGCAGAGGCCAAUUUCUAUCUGAACACAUAUAACACAAAGGCAGAUAUUCUUGACAUGGUCAGCGGGCUUAGGCACAAAGGAGGCAGGCCCGUCAACACCGGGGCAGCCCUCCAGUAUGUCAGAGACAACGUGUUUACAGCCUCUUCCGGCAGCAGGCGCCAAGAAGGGGUUCCACAGUUGUUGAUCCUUGUAAAUGGUGGAAGGUCUUCCGACAGUGUAGAUACACCAGCGUCUGCUCUCAAACAGCUUGGCAUCACUGUCCUUGGAAUUGGAACAAGGAACUCUGACCAUGGACAACUGCAAAAGAUCUCCUCUAAGCCAAAUUAUGCUUUGUCAGUGUCCGACUUCAGUGACCUCCCCAACAUACAAGAGCAACUGUCCUCUGCCAUCAGCACAGUCACAGUCAGGGCCACACCAAUGACGCCAACUGUAAUCGUUGAGCACAGCCUGCCCAAAAGGGAUGUUGUGUUCUUGCUGGAUGGAUCUCAUGGCACCCGAACUGGAUUCCCAGCAAUGCGUGACUUUGUGCAGAAAGUCGUAGAGACGCUCAAUGUGGAUGGUGACAGAGAUCGAGUCUCAGUUGUUCAGUACAGCAUUGAUCCAGCUGUCCAAUUCUAUCUAAACACGUACAAAACACAGGGCGACGUCGUUGCUAAUGUCAGGGGUUUGAGGCACAAGGGCGGAAGACCACUUAACACUGGAGCAGCGCUCCAAUACUUGAGGGAUAAUGUCUUCACUGCCUCGGCUGGAAGUAGGCGUCUGGAAGGAGUUCCGCAGAUGCUCAUAGUCCUAUGCGGUGGAAAGUCCUAUGACAGUGUUGACAAAGCAGCCACCGCUCUGAAGGAGCUGGGGGUCUUUACCCUUGCCAUUGGAACCAGUGGCUCUGAUAGCAGAGAAUUGCAGAAGAUAUCCCAUGGUCCCCAUCAGGCUCUGUCUGUGUCUGAUUUUACUGACCUUCCCAGUGUCCAACAGCAACUGAAGUCCUCAAUGGAAUCACUGGUCAUUGUUGUAACUCCAGAAUCUCCCACAGUUUUAGUUGACCAUGAGGUUGCCGGGAAGGAUGUAGUAUUCCUUCUGGAUGGCUCUGAUAACACAAGGAAUGGAUUCGCUGCCAUGCGUGAUUUUGUUCAGAGAAUGGUGGAGCAACUUAAUGUGGGCGAAAACAACGACCGUGUGUCAGUUGUCCAGUACGGCAGAGACGCAGAGGCCCACUUCUAUCUGAACACAUACACCACAAAGGACGAUAUUCUUAACACGGUCAGAGGACUCAGACACAGAGGGGGAAGACCCCUCAACACUGGGUCAGCCCUCAAGUAUGUCCGAGACAACGUGUUUACGGCGGCCUCUGGAAGUAGGAGGCAAGAGGGCAUUCCUCAGCUACUGCUUGUGCUGAGUGGAGGGCGAUCUAGUGACAACGUAGACAUACCGGCGUCUGCCCUCAAAGACAACGGGGUCUUAAUUCUUAGGCAUCGGAACUAGAAAUUCUAGCACAGAGGUUCAAAGAAUCGCCUCUGAUCCUAGUUAUGCCCAGUCUGUGUCUGACUUCUCUGACCUCCCAAACGUCCAGCAUCCAUUCGCCUCCUCUCUUAGCCAUGUAGUUGUUGGGGUUAAACCAAUGACCCCUACAGUGAGAGGUAAGACACUGUUGCUAAUUUCAACGCAAAUCAUGUUGUACCUUUUGGUGCCUUCCUGCACGUAAUGUCAACACAAAGGCCAAUGCUUGCAUGCCGCUUUCAACUUUAGCAUCAAUGUUCUGUUUUUCACAUUCUCCCAGUUGACCAGAGAACUCCAAAACGGGAUGUGGUAUUUCUUCUGGAUGGCUCUGAUGGCACAAGGAAUGGAUUCCCUGCCAUGCGUGAUUUUAUUCACAUGGUGGUGGAGA